GUUGCAGCCGGAGGGCAUCAGCGCCGAGACGCGAUCGGAAGGAAGUAACGUAUAGUUCUCUCCACUCGAUCGGGACCAUCAUAUAUCUCGCGUAAUGCACGUAAAUUAUGCGUCUCGCGUUUCUUUCUCCGAAGGAACGGAAACUAGAGGCAAGAACGAGCGAGAAGCGCGUUUACACACCGAGAUAACGUGCCUGUGGCGCUUCCUUCACCUACGAUCCUCUUCCCGCCUCUCGUUACCGCGGUGUCCGCGGUGAGAAACAAAGUGCCUCGUGACUUCGAUACGGAUCUUUGGUGUCACUCGGUGCUGGUGUCAACGUAUCUGCCUAUUUACGAUCAAACGUGUCUGUAUUUGCGUAACGUUACACGCGUUCUCGCGUGUGUUAAGUGUGCCAUGCGAGAGGACCCCGUCGCGACUCGCCUUUGAAAUUCGUCCAGUGGGACGCCCUGCCGAUCUUUCGUGACCCACGCGAUUCGGGGAAGCUCGCGAAUGCCCAUCUGUGAUUUUCUCGGAAGUCCGAGGAGAACAGCCACGCCGAUAAUUAUGCAUUCCGACGAGGGAUAUCGAUGCGACGCGAGAGAGUAUUUUAGACUUACGUCAAGGAGUGAAUGGAGGUCGUGCGAGAUUUGAGAAACGGCGAAAGUCAUCGGGGGGGUUCAAGGCGAAUGGAUUUUUCGAUUAGUUUGUCUGGACGGUCUCCGAGAUAAGAAGAGAAUCGAGUGAUAUUUCUCUGAACGAUCAGCGAACGCGCGAAACGUCCGGUACCGUUAUAUUCGAAGCUCAUACGCUUGAGAAUCCAUUUGCUUAGAUCUCGAAAGCAAACCCGUCGACAAUAAUAUCUCGAGGAGUGUACACGUCAAGUAACUCGCGCGACGGCUCGCUCCUUUUUUACUUCACACGAGCCGCUCGUAAAUAUCUUGAUGAUCGUUACGUCUGACCGGAUCUUUGUUCAAGAUGUUCGACAAAUCGUCCUCUGAAAAAUCGUGAAUCCCCAUAAGAAUUCGUUAGACAUCGAGGAAAACUUAACGUCCGUGGUGCUGCUGUCGCAGAAACUGAACACUUCGAUCCACUUUGAGUUGCAGCUACGCAGGAAUCUCUACGUUGCUUCUUUCUGGUCGGCGGCGCAGUAGCCAUGUCAUCGCCGGAUCGGCACGACGGAUCACGAGAAAUCGGCGUGGAGCCGGGAGAGAGUCAUCGUCGUCGGCCCGGUAUACUUAGGGCCGCCGAAUAACGCCGGCAACCGAGAGAUCGGUAACCGAAGGAUCGAUACGAGCGGAUCGAUCCACCAGCUCACAACCUACGGCCUCUUUGCUGGCCUGGCCAGCUACUAUGCGAAUUGAAGCUCUCAGCACCCUCGUCGCGGUGGUUUGGCUGACCGCAGUCCUGUGCCCGCGGCUUACUGCCGCCAACAAUCUGACUUUAUCCUCCACCUCUCGAAGGCCCAGAGAAGAGCCUUUCAGAGGACAUAUUUCUCGCUGGGCAGAACCACUAGAGGUGUCGACGAACAAGCGGAUGACAUAUCGGGAGAUGCAGAUGAUCCUGCGUCAAGAAGGCGAGGACGGCCGCCCGGUCGACUGCUGUCCUACGAUAGAGGAAAUGGUGGAACCGUAUGGCGGUCGAACUCGAGAAGACAUGUACGUCCAGCUCUAUCGGGACGGUGAGAACGUCCAGAGAUUCUUCGAGUACUCCUGCAGGCCAGACAUUGUCGGCAAGCCGUGCAGGUUCAUCGAUCGAAAAUUCAGCAACCAGUCCAUAUGCGUACAAAAGUACUCGUAUACGUACGCUAUCAUCAAGAGGGAUUCUGGAUCGAAGGAGGAGCACAGAAGGCACCACCACAGGGAACGCCAUCAUUUUCCCGCGUUUUCCGGUAACACCGUGAGCGGAUCCGAAUGGACGUUGGACUACAUCCUAGUACGAAGUGGGUGCAGCUGCGAGAUCACGCCGAAGCCGAAGAAGAAGAAAAUUGCGGCGACGAAGACGAAAAAAACGAAGAGCAAACAGCGCCAACCAAGGGACCAAGAGUUGGACUUUGAAACGUGAAAGUGUUGAUUCGUGUCCUAAUGACAGUAAUUGUGUUGUGACUGACAAGAGAAUGCGCGUGCGAAUGUGAGAUUAUGUAUAAGAUGUGGGAAUGUGCGUCUGAAGAGUAUUACUAAUCGUCGGAUGCAAUGUAAACGUUACCAACAAUCAUAUCAUCGAUUUUUCUGAUGACAAUUAUUUACGUAAUGAUAAUUUAUUAGACAUUA